ACUGAAUAUCAGAGAUUAUUUCAGUCGAUAUUUGUUGAUAAAAGACAACACAGAUUAACGACAUGAGCUGUGGAGUUCUUGUAUUGGUGACAAUUUUAACAAUCACAUUUUUUAUCCAGUUAAGUUUGAGCACAUGUGAUAGUCCUGUAUGUCACGAGUACAUAAAUCCGAGAAAUGUAUAUAUAUUUAACACGGUGAUAUGUGCAAGUGGGAUUGUAUCACUUGUUUCCUAUUUCAUUUUAUGGAAGGUAAACGAAAAUAAUGAAGAGGCCGUUAACAUACGACAACACAAAGGUAAAACAGACAGUCUGGUUAAAGUAUUCAUGUGGAUAUUUACUUUUUUCACAACUUUAUUUUCAGUGAUAUCUGUUUUGAAUGGAAGAGCCAAAAAAGAAAAAUUCAAUGACUUAAAAUCAAAUGGAAACAUAACGAUUAAUUGCACAUACAAUUCAAGAUAUGAUGAGUCCGUUUUCGACUAUAGAAUCGUACAAAUCAUUUUCUGUUUACUUCAAAGUAUGUUUUUGCAACUCACGUUUAAUAUCCGUUUUUACCGCUGCUUGUUGAUAAAAAUUGUAACAUUUCUUAUAUUCUGGGCUAAUGCUAGUCAUUUUGUGUUGAUACUAGUGAAUGCAUACGUGUCAUCGGAAAACGAUUUGAAAAACAGCUUUGAUAAAUGCAUAAGACCUUAUCCUGGCAAAAUACAUUGGGAAAUUAAGGACGCUUACAAAUUAUUCGCUCGAUUUUGUAAGCCUAUGGAGGGGGAGUACUCUGUACUUUGUAUGAUGCAAAUAUUUGAAGUUUCGUCAAGGAAAGUGCGUUAUUACACUUCAUCCGAUAGAGAAAAAAGUGAUGAGCGAAUAACACAUGAAAAACCGGAAAAAGCAAAUGACGAAAGGAAUCCCCUUUUGUCAAGCCAUAGCACAGACAAUAGUGAAGACUACAGGGAAAAAUCACCACAAAGCAUGCUUACACGUGAAAAGCCUGAAAAUACCCAUAAGGAUGGACUUGUCAAAAUAUGUAUUCAAGAUGACAACCUGCCUAAAUCUACUGAUGACAAACACGAGAGCAAAUGCGAAUCUCUUGAUCGGAAAAAAACAAUGGAAAAAAUGGCGUUCUAUCGCUUUACACAUAUAACUGGUGUAGCUGUUAUUUUCUUGUUUAUUCCGGAUUGUGCCCUUUCAAUAUAUUCACUUGCUCAUGAUGGUAUUAAUAAAACGUGUUUUAAUUUAACGACAUGCAGAAGUCUUAAACAUGAGGAAACAAUCUUUUUUGUGUAUCAUAUAAUUCUGCAUAUUGUGAUGUUCUUUAUUUUUAUGUUCUGUUUUUACAUGCUUUAUGGACCAAAGACUUAUUUUGAAAGACUGGAAGUAUGGAAAAUUCCGUCUUUGAACUCGAGUCAUUUUGUCAUUUCACUGAGUUUUCUUGCAUCUUUGACAUUUUAUUGUGUAAUUCUUACAGCAUACUCUUUAUUUACACAGAUGACGACCAUCACACUUCUGAUAGUUAAAAAUGUAUUGGUCGUACUUCAGAUAUCAAUACAAAUAUUUUUGAUUUUAAAAGUAAACGAAUUUAAAAAAUCUAAAUUUUCGUCAUCCUUUCCUAAAGUGACAAUGACACAUAUAUUCUGGGUCAUUUCUGUUAUGAAUCUGGGGUUUUGGUUUACAAGUAAUUUUAUGGGAAUGUCAAACUUUACCAAACUGGUCCUGAAAGAAAUUUUAGGACAUAAAACUGAACAUGCUUUGUCUCAUAUCAUUAUAUCAUUUGUAUGUUUCUUUUAUUUUAAAUCGUGUGCUAAAUUUUAUGAACUAUUUCGUAAUCAAUAUGAUUUCUAACUUAACAAAGACCAAUUGAUAUAUUCCCUUUGAAAAUAUAAUAUUGCUUGAAACGUUUGAAUUUUGUUUGUUGUACUAAUGUGUUGUUGGAUAUAUACACGUUGAUCCAUAAGUUGAUAUUUUGUAAGCAGAUGUGUUCUUACCACAUUCUCAAUCUAUGUCAUGUUACACAAGUUAUCGUUUAAUCUAAAAAUCAGAACAACAAAAAAAGAAAGCUGAACUUCACUUUAAUUCAAUAAUGCUAGAUUUUAAAUCUUUACAAUUUCUUUUGAUUUUGAUUUAAUCGUAGGAUAACAACUGUAGAUUGAUUUGGUAGAUUAUUACUUUUUUUUUCAUUUGUUUAAAAUUAGAUUGAACUGUUUCCACAAAAAAUAUGUAUACAGAGCGAAGAUGUGAACCCAAUAUGCAAAUUACUUUUGAUAAAAUUAUAUACCAGACGCUUUUAACAUGUACCAUAUAUUUUAUAAUCAAAUAUACUAUAACUAAAUUUUCUUAAUUUUGCCAAAUAAAA